AUGCGUUUGAAUGAACCAGCUGCAAAAACGCGACCCAGAACUCAGAAAUCAACGACGACUGAAGCCACCAGGUUCUCAUCAUCAUCAUCUUGGGGUGACCUUCACCUCGAAUGCGGUUCCGUUUACAAUCUGAUCAGGCUGCUCCUCCUCAUCACAACGAUCAUGGGCGGUGGAUUUGUGCAGGCCAAGACGAUUUACGAUACGGUUAACAGCAGGAUUCAGUCCUUGGAUCCUUUGGUGCAACUGGAACUCAAGGAAACAUCGAAAGUUCCCCUGCAAACUACGACGGCUGCCACGCCCACUGGCUACGACCACGCCCACAACCAGGUGUCCACGUUACGGAGUAGUUACGAGGACUCCGAUUCGGAUGAUGACGAUGGUGUGGAUGCGGACUACGUCAUUCCCGAGGGCCAGACAUCCACGGAGGCGAUCCUGGAGCAGGAUAGCCAUGUCAAAAGUCAGGAUCUGGAGUCGUUAUCCCUGCAGGCGGCAGGAUCGGGCACAGCUUCUCCAAAGACCAGUUCCGAUUCUUCUGGUUCUGGUAACAAGAAGAACGCCUCCUUCCAGCAGAUUGGCAGCCAGAAUGUAAAUGCCUUAGUGCCGGCCACAGUGGCCACCACUUCAUCCGGCAGCUCCUCCUCCGCCUCCUUGGCCACGCCCACUGAGCCGACGAGGAACCGGAGCACCGGCCACGUCCGCAACUCCGCCGUCAAGGUGGACAGCAAGCAUCCACUGUCCAAGGGCCAGAAAACGGAUGCCCCCAUGCUGAACUACAUCUUCGACACGUUCUCAUCGGCCAACAAGCACCACCAUCACGAUCAGAGAUAUGGUCCCCACUUCGAGGAUAUGCAGCGGGUUGGUCAGGCCACCAAUCUCACCGUGCAGGCGGGCUCCAGCAUCCACCUAAACUGCAGGAUCUCACUGCUGCAGGAUAAGACUGUCUCUUGGGUGCGCCACAAUACGCAGGAUGAGGGCAAUGGCAAUAGCAAUGGCAAUGCCCUGGACCUGCUGACAGUGGGCAUGCACACGUACACGGGUGAUAAGCGAUACAAAAUGGAGUUCCAGUACCCCAACAACUGGCGACUGAAGAUAACCAACGUGAAGAAGGACGACGAGGCCAUUUACGAGUGCCAGAUCUCAACUCAUCCGCCCCGCGUCAUUCAAAUUAACCUGCACGUAAAUGCUCCAAAAGUAAUGAUAGUGGACGAGGUGGGGGAUCCGCUCCAGGAGAAAUACUACGAAAUAGACUCCACUUUACAGCUGUCUUGCGUGGUGAGAAAUGUGGCCAUGACCAGUUCUGUGGUCUUUUGGAAGCACAUCGACAACAUCCUCAACUAUGACGUAACUCGCGGGGGAGUGAGCGUCAAAACGGAACUGAUGGAGGAUGGAGCCAACUCGACGCUCUCGAUAGCGAAGAUCAGUAAAACGGAUUCGGGGAACUACACCUGCUCCAUCAGCGAGUUCCAGAACUUUACCAUAGUGGUGCACAUUCUAAAUGGCGAAAGUUUUGCGGAACUACAUCAUGGUGGAGCGGGUGCGAUCCAAAUUACGUGGUGGAAUCUUGUGAUGCUACAUUUAAUGGCACUCCUUGUGCUAAAUAGUCUAAGGGGGGAGUUUAGCUAAGGUAGCUUAAUGGGGGAGUAAAGAAAUUGAGACAACAUCGUUUUUCCUGUAGCACUUUUUGUUGAUUAAUUGUAAAGAUUCUCUGAAUUGGUUAGGGCAGUUAUUAGAAAUAACUUAAAACAAACAGAAAAAAACGCAGCCUAAGUUUAACUGGCUAUUAUAGAUAUGUUUCUACGUCUAUCAUCAAUUUGUACAUGAGCAGGCACGCCUAGGGUUAAGUUAGGGUUAAGCUCGGGUGUAUUUGAAAAUAGAUAAAAGAGAAAGAGAGAGAGGCCAACGAAUUUCCCCUAGCAGAAUGUCACGGGGUCAGAGUUUAUGGCCUGGCCCAGAUCUAGUUGAUACAGGAAUGUAAAGCAUAGUGUAAUCUAAGUCACUACCAGUUCAUUAUCACCAGCUUUUGCAGCAAGGACAAGGAUACGAUGAUCUCUUGUGGGAACUACUCAAUGUUGAACUAAUAUAAAGUGCAAUACGGUCAUAUACAUAUUAUAUACAUACACACAAACAAACACACGAACGGAAGCAUCGGUCAAAUGGUAUGUUAAUAAACGAAUAUUCGUAUGUAUGCAAUAAUAAAGUGAACUAUAAAUGAA